CUAAAGGAGUCACAGCAUCUUGAACCUCUGAAGCAACCCUCCAACAGCCAGAAAAAGGAGACCCUGUGGGGUCUGGAUGCGGCAAAUGUACCCCUGCGUCCUCUGGAGGCAGCAUUCUCUGAGGUCGCCUUGCAGUCCCGAGUGUCCUUCGAAGUGGUGGAUUGUGAUCCCUGAGGAUACCCUUGCUCUAAGACUUGGCCUGUGAUCCAGGGGGCAACCUCUGACCCCUGCCUGGGCAGAGCUUGGAAAUACUGUCUGUCCGGGUCCUGUUCACUGACCUACAGUGCUGCUUUGACCAUUAGGCACUGGAGGAGAGGGCAGGGGAGAGUGCCAGGGAACCACAACCUCCCAUCCCCUGCUGAAUGUGAGAAAUGGCUUUCUUUCAUUGAUUCACAAGAUUGGAAAAUGCUAUGUUGAAAAGCUGUGCAGAGGUCAACUGGACCAUCUCCCUUAGCUCUCUUGAGGUUGUAGAUGAGCAAACAGACCUAGAGAGGCAAAGUGGUUAUCCCAAAGUCUUCCAGCUAAUUCCAGCAUUCAAAGACCUGGAGCGUACUUUGGAGAAUGUCCCCAUGCCUCACUUCCCAGGACUCAACUCUCAAACCCCAAAUCUGAUUUCCACUGUCCCAGAAAGACUUCCUGGAUUAUUGGAAGGUCUUUGUGGAGUCACACUGAACAUCUCACCAGACCCCUCCACAUUUGGGUCUAAGUGUGGGUGUUGGCAUUGCCCCACUACUUUAGAUUAUGCAGUGAAUCUGGAAGAUAGUUUUUGUAUUCUGAAUGACAGGUUAAGGAAGGCAGGACAGGGCCUUGAAAUCAGGUCUUGGUUCAAGGCCAGUGUCUGCCACUUCCUGUGAGAGGGGAAGAAAGGAGGAUUUGCCCCCUUUGCCUACAGGACCAUUUCUUCAGGCAGCAUUUGUAGAAACUAAUGUUCUAAAAGGAGGGUCUAUCAGAAGAGGUUAAGAAGCUACCAGAGUACCUCCAGCAGGGAGAGUGCAUUUGGUCGCAGCUCUGAUACUUGUUAGUGGUGUUACCAUGAACAUGUGACUUCUCUUCUCCCAGCCUCAGCUUUCUCAUCUAUAAAUGUGAACUCAUCUGUGGAAUCAGGUCUCACCCUUGAGAACUUGGAGGCUUUCAGAAUGUGUCUGGAGAGAUCCUGGUAAAAAGUUUGGGACAAGGAGAGAAGCAGUUGCUGGAGACAACGGGAAGGCCUUUAUGAUGGAUGACAAGGUCUGUCCUGGGACUGGAGGAUAAAGGCUUCCCUGAGGCUUCCCCCAUUCAGGACUCCAGCCUCUCGGUUCUUAUAAUACUUCUCAGAGGGGGCAGAUAUUCACUAAGGAUCCAAGAAACUGGAGGAUCAGCUCCGGAACCUUGAAGGAUAGCAGGAACCCAGGUUCUGGAUGCUCUGGGAGAAGCUCUGGGAAUGUCAGAGCACCCCAAGUAGGGAGCUGAUGUUGGAUGAAUCAUGCAGUGGUGACUUCAUUGGCAAUGGUGACCUCAUCCCUUUGGCCCAUAGAAGAACCCAGACUGACUGCCAGGAAUACUUAGAGUUCUGGUCUGAUUCCACCAGUGCGUAUGUGGACGGGUGGGGGCAUUAUCCUGGAUCCCCAGGUCAGCAUGUGGAUGAACUGAUGGGUUAGCCGGCAGGACCAAAUAGAUGUCAACAGAAAGCUUACUUUCCAACAAGCAAAGAAGAUAAUACAGUGGUAAAAACAACAACAACAACGACAACAACGACAACAACAACAACAACAACAAAAGCCAGCUUUCACAUUUCGGGGAUUGCAGGGACAGGAAGCAACUUUGUUUCUAAGCAUCCGCAGACUCUGCUGUCUAUUCUCCCUUUGAAACUGCUAAUGUCGAAACACACAGGUCUGUGUGUGAACAGUGAAAUCUCUACUUAGCCUUCUCCUCCUUUCCCUCUACUUCCUCCUCUGCAUUGAUUCAUCCUGUAUUUCAUUUAACAAGCAUUUACUGAGGUCUACUAGAUGCCAGGCUUUAUUCCUGGACGCGGGACGAAGAGCUGGAAAGCCACAAUCUCUGGAGAGAGAGGAGGAAAACAAACAGAUGAGCAAACAGCUAAGGAAGUGAAACUCCCAAGGUCAUUCCUGAAACGCAGUCCUAAAUCAAAGGAACCAGAGGGACUGCCGGUUCUCCCUCUGCCUCCCUUUCCAGGAACAACCAUGGCUUUGAGUGAUGUCGAUGUGCAGAAGCAGAUUAAGCACAUGAUGGCUUUCAUUGAGCAGGAAGCCAAUGAGAAGGCCGAAGAAAUAGAUGCCAAGUCUGAGGAAGAGUUCAACAUUGAGAAAGGACGUCUUGUGCAAACCCAACGACUGAAGAUUAUGGAGUAUUACGAGAAGAAGGAGAAGCAGAUAGAGCAGCAGAAGAAGAUCCAGAUGUCUACCAUGAGGAAUCAGGCAAGGCUGAAAGUCCUGAGAGCCCGAGAUGACCUCAUCUCAGAGUUGCUGAAUGACGCAAAGCUGAGACUUAGUGGGAUUGUGGCAGAUCCAGCAAUCUACCAGGGGCUGCUGGAUAAGCUAGUGCUUCAGGGUCUGCUCCGACUGCUGGAGCCCGUGGCGAUUGUACGCUGCAGGCCACAGGACCUCCUUCUGGUGGAGGCUGCAGUGCAAAAAGCCAUCCCUGAAUACAUGAUGGUCUCCCAAAAAUGUGUGGAAGUCCAAGUGGAUCAAGAGGUGCACCUGGCUACCAACACAGCUGGAGGAGUGGAGGUCUACAGCGGCAAUCAGAGAAUAAAGGUUUCGAAUACCCUAGAAAGCCGACUGGAUCUCUUAGCCCAGCAAAAGAUGCCUGAUAUACGAAAGGCUUUGUUUGGAGCCAAUGCCAACAGAAAGUUUUUUAUAUAAGCCUCUGAGAAGGGAAACUCAUGUUGAAUUGUCCAGCCAUAAAAGCCUAAGUUAUUAGGGCAAAGGAAACUAGUAAUGUUUCCUCCUCUUUGCUGCUUUGAUAGGAUUCUAUCUACUUUCACGAAAUAGCCUUU